AUGCUCAGCUCCGGAUUCACGAAUGCGCCGGUGACCAAAUUGGCUCUCGUCUAUAUCAUUGCUGCAUCGAUACUGGUGAGCAUUGCAGAUGCCAAAUACCUGUUUUACAUCCAACUUACGAGUCAUAGAACGGCUAUGGGGAUCGAGGAAAGCUUUAUUCUUAGCACCCUUCCGUUUACAACUCUCCUCCCUCCUCUUAUUCUCACGAUUGUGGUCCGCCCGCUAUCUUUAAAUACGUUGAACCAUCUCCCCGCUGGACCAACUGCAAUUCUCUUCGCCAUACUUGCGCAGUACCACGCUACUAUCCCCACGACAUACAAGUACCGUUUGUUAACCGGCUCAUCGGGUAAUGGACCAGCCAUUACAUUCAGUGACAAAUCGACGAUAUAUUUCCUUGCAUUCCAGCUGGCCUUAUCGCAAUUGCCCCACACUAUACUACCGGCAUUCAUAGGCUGGGUGGUCGGCUACGCAUGGCGUGCUGAGCUGCUUCCAAGCAAGAUAUCAUCAUGGAGAAUACCGGGUUGGAUAUAUGGUGGCUCGCCGGAACGUCAGAGACGGCGUGGAAUUCCAAGAAAUAGGGGUGAUGGUGAUGCUUCCUCUUCUGGGACAGGAAGCAGAGAUCCAGAGCGGUUAGAAGGGCUACGGCGACGGCUAGAGGGUGAAUCUAGAGCUGCCUUUGUUGCUGUUGCCAGCACAGAUACGGAUGGGGGCAGAAGAAGCACAGGUAGUGCUGGCGGCGGGGCUGGUGGUGCGCAAGAAGUAGAGCAGCGAAGGCCACUGGCUGGGCAGAUAUUAGACCGGUUUAGGGGGACCUUCUGA